AUGCACUUCCUAAACCUCCUCCCCAUUGCCUUCCUCUGCAUGCUCACGCGGCUUGCCGUCGCUACCCCCGCCCCACUCAGGGGCAACCUCGAGAAGCGGCAAUGCAACCUAAACGGCUGCGAGUGCCUUCUCGGCAACCACCCGAGCCAGUACUGCUGGGAUGCGAAAUAUUUUUCCGUUUUAUCGCAAUGGGCCGCACAGCCAUCAACUUCGGCGCCGUCGUCUUUAUUUGGGACUUCGAAUUUCCGGCGCACCGAUAGGUCAAGAGUUGCGGAUUCGAGGGAGGGAAUUCCGAUGCAAAAUCUAACUCCGGCUGGAACUUCGGUGAGGCGUGGAGUUUCGCUGGGGCGUGGAGUCGCAAGCCAUAGUAAUAGCGCCUCCAGGCAAAGACGGAGAAGUUGUGGUAUGAGCUGGUUAUGCCUUGGCUUCGGCAGCAAUAGCGAACCAGGAGAACAUCCUGAACCACACCCGGGCGAGCAUUUGCACAACACUCGGCAAGAUAUUGGUGAUGAAGAUGAGGAGCCAAUCUUAGUGCCAGAUGAGGGGCCACUUCCUAAUCCUGCGCUGGAUCCUGCGCAGAACCCUUCGGCGAAUAUUGCGAGGCAGCUUCUUGUAAAGAGCGGCGAGAUUGAGGAGAUCUCGGGGCCCCCCACAGAUGCGCCAGGGCAAAGCAGUAAUGGUGGUAGACUGCCGGAAAUUCUUGAAGAAGUACCAGCAGAUGAUGGCGGAACUCAUCAGCUACAAGUCUCAUUGGUUUCACCAAUGUUCAGUUUCUCUAUGCCUUGCUGUCUCAUGGUGGUCCAUACUUGA